AGGAAACAGAGAAUUUAAUGAAGAUCGACAUCAAGCUUUAGUUCUUGGAUUUAACAAGCCAGAUAAUUUUGUUAACCUUCAAGACAAUGAUGAACAGAUCAAUUUAAGUAAAAAAGGUUCUGAAACAAAUGGUCAAGAAGAAGAAGGCAAAGAUGGCCAAAUAUGUUAUUUUGCUUUAUUUGAUGGCCACGGAAGUUCUCAAUGUGCUGAUUAUUUAGUUGCUAAUCUUCAUAAACAGAUUGAAGAUAUUCAAGCUUCUAACGCAGACGAUAUUGUAUCCCAAUGGAGAAAAGUUGGAGGCUAUUUCCGAAGGUUUUUGCCUGCUGCACUGGUUCCAUUAUUAAGUCCCGAGACACUUAAAAUUACUAAUAUACGACAAAAUACAGUUACUUCUGGAGUCAAGUCUUCUAAGGAACCGCCUCCUUCACCAACAUCACAAUUGACACAUCCUGUAUCAGAUGGAUCAACAAAAUUUGAACUUACUCUAGAACAGAGACUUACAUUAGCAUUUUUAAAAACUGAUCUAGAACUUAUGAAUUCCAUUAGUCCGUCAUUUGGUUCUACUGCAUCGAUCGCACUUGUAAAAACAUUAGAUG